AUGUCGUCGGACACACAGGCUAUCCUGGACCUGCUUGGCGACCUGCCGCCGGGCGCGAACCCGUACGAGGUCGUCCGCAAGUACGCGCUGCAGGCGCUCAAUCCGCCGCUCCCUGAGUCGCACCGCCGCCAGCUCAUCGCCAUCGCCGUCAUCUUCUCCUUCUCGCUCUUCUUCAUCGUCGCGUCGCUCGUCGUCCGCAUCCUCAACGGCUCAUUCUGGAUCGUGCACUGGGGCGAUAGUCCUCGACUACUGCGGCCGCUCUUUAGCGUCUCAUGGUCGCUAUGGGCAGUGGUUUUCCUCGUCCUCAUCGAGGUCGUUGUCAUCGACUCUAUCAAGCAGUUCCAACGCGCGUCGAUCCAGAAGGACUAUGCCGCCUGGCGCACGCUCGCUUGGCUGCCGGCGGUAUACGGCGGGUGGACAGCCGCGUGGGGUACGCUCGUGUCGUACCUCUUGCACCUGCACGCGUACGGCCGUGCCAGGCUCGUCGACCGCCUCGCGCCCUGGGUCAACGCCUCGUCGAUCCUCGUGCCCGUCAUCUUCAGCCUCGUCUUCAUCCCUCUCGCCGCGAUCGGCGCCGACCGGUUCCGAUGGACGAUGGACACUUUCUACGCGAUCGACCAUUUGCUGCGGCAACUCGCGGCGGCGUAUCACGGCGAGAACGCCCUCCUCGAGCUCCUGUCGUCGGGCCUGCCGCUACUGCAGGAGCUCGAGAAGCGCACGAACGUGUUCCUGUACUGGUGGAUGGUCACCUUGAGCGCCGCCGCCGCGUUCGGCUUCUUCCUCGUCGCGAUGCUCGUCACGGUCGCCUCGCUCUACCUUGUCGCUCUACGACACGUUCUGCGUCUCUCGACGUGGCAGACCGAGUCGGGCUCGACACGCACGUCGUCGCUGCAGCCACUCCGGCGCACCUACGCCAACAUGGACAUCAACCUCUGCAUCUUCUCAAUACUCGGCCUCACGACCUCGACCACCGUCGUCGUCAUGGCUGCGGUACCGCGUGGCUUCGUCGACCCUACGUUCGCUCAAAUCUUCGUCUUGUUGCCGUUCUACGCCUUCGCGAUCCUCGGCCUGCCCUCGUCGGUCCUCCUCUUUGUGCGCGCUUUCGACGCCAAGCGCGAGUCGUCUCGGUCCCACACUCGAAUCUCGGUCAACGUCAACGUCGUCUCGUUCACCGAGGGAUUCGAGCUCGUCGACCGCGGCGCAGCUCCUGCGCACCGCCUCGAGCGCUCGGCGGGCUCGGUCCACGUCGCGGACCACCACCUCUACCCCUCGCUCGAGGUGCGCGCGUCAAACUCGUCGCUCGACAAAGACGUGCGCCCGUUCGACGAGUACGCCCACUUCCCGCCCGAGCCGACGGCGACGACGCUCGGCGCGGCGAGGCCCGACAGCGUGUACAGCGUCGGCUCGCUCGAGGUUGGAGGACGGAUCGACGUCGGCGCGCGCCCGGACCUGUUCGGCGCGGCGACGCUCGAGGGCACGGCGGGGCUCUCGCUCGACGCUGCGGCGCCGGCGAGGGGAGGGGGGUGUGUGCGAGGUUGA